CUAAGAGGAAGACGUGGCGACGAGAAACUGUUGUUGAGACCCUUGUGGAAUUAUGAGUUUGUUUUUGCCUAAAUUGUCGUGUAAAAAGGAUAUAGAUGAAGUUAUUAAAACAGUUGCAGAGAAAGUGCUGGUUUUGCGCUUCGGACGGGAUGAAGACUCUGUGUGUAUGCAGUUGGACGAGAUUCUGUCAAAAACCUCCCACGACCUGAGUAAGAUGACGUCUAUCUAUCUUGUGGAUGUGGAUAAGGUGCCAGUUUAUACCCGAUACUUCGACAUCAGUUAUAUUCCUUCGAUUGUCUUCUUCUUCAACGGGCAGCACAUGAAGGUCGAUUAUGGGUCUCCGGAUCAUACCAAGUUCGUCGGAUGCUUUAAAACAAAGCAGGACUUCAUCGAUCUUAUUGAGGUGAUCUAUCGUGGUGCCAUGAGAGGAAAACUGAUCGUGCAAAGCCCUAUCGAUCCACGAAAUAUCCCUAAGUACGAUCUGCUCUACCAUGGGAUUUAGCUGUGAAUCGUUUCACUACAAAUUUGAAGGUCGGGUUUGUGAAACGGGGCUUAAAUCACAAAGGCACAUUUGAAAAAAAAUUAAAUUUUUAUAAAGCAAAGCUGUGAGGUGUUUGCUUGCAUUCGUAAAGCAAAUGAAUGUCAAGGACUUCAGUUGUUUCCUAUGGAAAUGCCUUUUAGAUUAGUUUUUGAAAAACAGAUGCUGUCAUUCCUACAUUACUGGUUUUCAUAUGUAUGAAAUGACCUGGUACCCUUUUGCUUUUUUUUAAAUAAAAGAAAGUGUUUGUGUGUGUACUUGUAAAAUAAAUAAAAAAUAAAAUGAGUUACAAAACA